AAGCGGAUGUGUCAAGUUUAGCGGAAGUGGUACAGCCCAGAGACAGAGAAGAACGAGAGGAGGACGGACACUCCAAGCCGAGCUUUCAUAGAGAAAAAGCGGGACUAAACCCUAUUUAAACCGCAAUUUAGCAAGAAGCUGAAAUCUCGUCACCUCAGUUUUAACGCCGGUUCUGUGUCUGUCCUCGCAGUCUGACAAUGGACAAGAGCGACCUGGUGCAGAAAGCCAAGCUGGCCGAACAGGCGGAGCGCUAUGAUGAUAUGGCCGCCGCCAUGAAGGCAGUGACCGAGGGCGGCGGCGAGCUGUCCAACGAAGAGCGCAACCUGCUGUCCGUGGCCUACAAGAACGUGGUCGGUGCACGCCGCUCCUCCUGGCGUGUCAUCUCCAGCAUCGAGCAGAAGACUGAGUCCAACGAGAAGAAGCAGCAGAUGGCGCGCGAGUACCGUGAGAAGAUCGAGGUUGAGCUGCAGGAAAUCUGCAACGAUGUUCUGGGUCUCCUGGAAAAGUAUCUCAUUCCCAAUGCCUCUCAGGCUGAGAGCAAGGUGUUCUACCUGAAGAUGAAAGGAGAUUAUUAUAGAUACCUGUCUGAGGUUGCAUCUGGGGAGUCCAAGAGCUCUACGGUCGAUAACUCUCAGAAGGCCUACCAGGAUGCGUUUGAGAUCAGCAAGAAAGACAUGCAGCCCACACACCCCAUCCGGCUCGGUCUGGCUCUCAACUUCUCCGUCUUCUACUAUGAGAUCCUGAACUCACCCGAGAAGGCCUGCAACCUUGCCAAGACGGCCUUCGAUGAAGCCAUCGCUGAGCUCGACACCUUAAAUGAGGAUUCCUACAAAGACAGCACCUUGAUCAUGCAGUUACUAAGGGACAAUCUUACCCUGUGGACGUCGGAAAACCAGGGUGACGAGGCAGAUGCAGGCGAGGGAGAGAACUAGAGGAGCCACACUGAUCUCCAAACACCCGCACACACACCCCCCAUCUUACUUAAAAAAAAAAAAAAAUUUAAAAAAUACACAAAUGGCUUCCUCUGAAACCCCCCACCCACCCUGCUUUCCAUUCUCCAUCCUUUUUCCAUCAGCAGCCUGCUCCCUGUACCCACCCUCCCACGAUCAGCAUGAGAUGCACCCGAUGCGAUACACACACUGAUGCCUCUUGCGCAGGCUCCGGCGGCAGGGAUGUGAGGGAGGGAGGGUUUGCGGGGUGACAUGCCAUUUUCAGCAGGUCCGCUCAUUUUGUUUGUGAAAUUCAACACGGUUGUACUGAAUAUCAGAUCCAUAUUUGUUAAGUGCAUGAGUGAGCGUGUGUGUGAGAGUCUGAGUGAGUGUAUGGUAUGAUAGUGUGACUGAGUUGUUGUUCAUGUGAGUGUGUGUGUGUUUUGGAGUCGGGGGUUAUAAACUCUAAAAGUCCUUCCUGAUGAUUCCUUUUUUUUUUUUUUUUUUUUUUUUCUUUUCCCAUUUUUUUCCACCUUAGCUGGUUGUGCAUUUUCAUCCUUAUUUUUUUGUUACGGAUUUUUUUAGUGUAAUUCGUCAUGGUAUUUGCAGGUUUUAUUGUAUGGUUAUUAAACUGGCAGUUUAUUUUCACCAAA